AUGACAUUUUGGCGCCGUUCCCCGAUCCAGGCCGGCUGCGUGCACUUCCCUCACACGGCCCCGUGCGAGGUGCGCGUCUUGAUGCUCCUCUACUCGUCCAAAAAGAAAAUCUUCAUGGGUUUGAUCCCCAACGACCAGAGCGGCUUCGUCAACGGCAUCCGCCAGGUCAUCACCAACCACAAGCAGGUGCAGCAGCACAAGAUGGACCAGCAGCGUGGGUUGGGAGGCUCAGCCCCCGUUCCUGGGGCUCCCCCAUUCCUGCCUAAGCAACCGGGGACCCUCCCUGUCACAUCAGGGGUGCAGCCACAGGUGAGCCCAGGCCUGGCGCAGGUCGGGAUCAUGGAGGAGCAGCAGCGACAGCAGAGCCUGUUACAACUCCGAGCACAACAACAACAGCAGCAGCAACAACAACCGCAGCCCCCCAAGCUCCCCCUGCAGCCCCUGCGCCCCCCCCAGCCCCCCAAAAUCCGGGACCCCCCCAAGCCGGACCCCCCCAACCCACCCAGGCCGGGGGGGGGGCUCUGCUGCGCCCCCAAAAUCCGGGGGCCAACCCCCAACUUCGGAGCCUCCUGCUCAGCCAGCAACCGGUGA